UUUCAUGUUUAUAAUUGUAAUCUGACAAGAUUUAUUAAACAUAUACAUAUUCAUAUAACUUUUUUGGUCUCAUGCAAAUGCAUUUUUCACCGGUUCACAAGACGGAAGAAAAUGAGCAUAGCCAUAGCACCCCCAUAAUCUUCCUUGGCCAUGCAGGUCCAUUAUAGCGAAGUCAAUGCAUCUGUAAAGUACUUAAUAUAACACACAAGCUCAUCCACUCUUUUUUUUUCUAGCCGUAUUGUUUGACGUUCCUUUGAGUGAACUCGCGAAUUAAUUUGUGACAAUUGUCUAAUGCGAGUGUAUGCUUUGACGACACAGUUACGUAACAAAAUCCCUGUUUGAAUGAACUUGAUGGGGUGACGCUUCAUGUUUGCCGAGAGAUAUCAAAAGACCCUCAACCCUCAACGCAUGUUGACAGUGUUGACCACUAGGUCGCAGGAUCUGCAAGUAUUCGACGCAAUUUAAACCAAACACCUUUGAUAAAUCGUGAUUGCGAUAUCAUGGAUAUAUUGCACUGAAACCGCCAACCAUGGACAAUUAAUCACUAAGUAAUGAUCGAUAGCCAUAAGUUCGAUAACUGUCCCCCACUUACCGAAACUUAUGGAGUGUUGUAGGUUGUAGUGUGAUCGAGACACAUAAAUCCUAGGGAAUGUAGUGAGAGGCACAUGCAUCAUCUGGGAAACUUGAACACGAUCGUCACCAAACGGAUGAAAAUGGCUAUUUGUUGCCCGUGGAUGUCCAGAAAACACAGACAAAAAUAUGAUGAAAUUGACGACUCGGAUGCGAGUACGAAUAGACGGGGAGCCACAGAAGCAUCAUCGUUGCUAAGAAACGGACAUACGUCUUUCUGCUACAGAGAUGAUUCCUUGGUUGAUGCCUAUAUCGCUAGCUAUCGAUCAUGGGAAGACGAUGUCAACCUUUGGUCAGACCCAUAUGACGUCACACACACCAACAUUAGCCAAGACAGAGAGCUCGAUGGACUCAUCCGAGACUGGCGGAAAGCAACCACAAACAUGGAAAAAAAGGUCAUAUACGAUAAAGUGCAGGCAAUCCGGAGAGAGAGAAAACUAGUGCGAGACAGAUGGCAAAAAGUUCUCGAAAAAUUUGGGUUCGCUUCUCAGGCCGAACAUCUCGUCUCGAUCAGCGGUGCUUCUGGAAUGACACAGCCGCUACCGCCAUCAGACCAAGCCCUCAACCUUCAUCAUGUCCUGGUGUAUCAGACAGACAUAUUCGGAGAUACCGAAGUACAAGACAGAAGAUAUGGUUUAAUCCUGGAUCGGCUUAUAGAAGUGGACAUCGCAGAUGAUUUUGUGGUGUUGGCAAAGAAAAUGUAUCCCAAAGAACCUGAAGGGAUUUGAAUCCAGAACUUCGGCACUUCCAGUGCGUGAAGACAAGACAGCAUGGCAGAUCCGCGGAACCAAAUGGACCAUCUAUACGUAGUGUCGUCGAAAGCCACUCCACUGUGGCACACUUUGGAGAAAGAUCUGCUUUUCGGGGGAUGAGGACGCGACGGCCAUGGGACCAUAUGAACUUUGUCUAAGUUGAAUAAUUUCAGACCAUAAAAAUAUGUUUCCACUUCGGACAACUUCCAUUUAAUAGAGGUAUACAAGGCAUGUUUUGGUCAUCUUAGUCUAAAGAAAUCAUUGCGGCUAUAUACUCGGGCGAAUAUCGACUUACAGAAGGUCGGCUAAUGCAGCUAUCGCUCAAGAUGCAUAGACGAACUCUUGGGUUUUCAUUUGUUGGUCAGUGACUGGAAAAAGUACACCCUU